AUGUCCACCGUUCCUCAGCCGCCCAGCUUCUUUCCAACAACUGCUUUGGAUCAUGCCGCGGCUGGACUCGGUGCUGGUAUCGCCACCACACUCUGCAUGAAUCCCCUCGACCUCCUCAAGAUAAAGCUACAAGUAACGACCACGAAACCAACAGGAGGAAUAGGAAAGCAGAUAUGGCUGUCGCUCACGGACAUUCAGCGGGCGCAGGGCUGGCGAGGACUCUACCGUGGCCUCGUACCGAACAUCGCUGGAAAUGCUUCUAGCUGGGGGCUCUACUUCCUCUUCUACAACAUGCUCAAAAAACGCGCUUCUGGAGGCGACAUCACAAAGCCUCUUUCUGCUGCAGAAUAUCUGAUAUGUUCCGCUCAAGCAAGUGCAGUUACAGCCGUGAUAACCAACCCGCUCUGGCUCGUCAGAGUCCGCAUGUUUACAACCCGUGCCGAUGCUCCGAACGCUUAUCGUGGACUUUGGGACGGACUUUCGACCAUCGUGCGUAAAGAGGGCCCGCUCGGGCUACUACGCGGCACAUCAUUGGCGCUAUUCGGUGUUAGCAAUGGCGCUAUUCAGUUUGUGGUCUACGAGAAGAUGAAGGCGUGGGGAUUCGACCGAAAACGCAAGCAAUAUGAACGUGCCGGAAAAGUCUACGAUGUAGAGGCCGAUAAAUUGUCGAACCUUUCAUACACAAUCAUGUCCAUCUCGAGCAAGCUUGCUGCGCUCUCGGUUACAUACCCUUACCAAGUCGUAAGGUCCCGGAUACAGAACAACGCGCAAGUAGAGCUGUUCCCCACCAUCCCGGCAACGAUUAAGCGGACCUGGGCACAGGAGGGUCUGCGUGGAUUCUUUAGGGGCUUGGGCACGAGCUGUGUGCGGGUCCUGCCUGGGACGUGUGUGACGUUUGUGGUGUACGAGAAUUUGGCGUGGUUGUUGAGAACGAGCGCGGCGAAGAGGGCGGCAAGGGAGCAACUAUGA